AUGUGUGAUGCUUCAUACAAAUUUACCUAUAUUGACGUGGGUUCAUACGGAAAGUCUGCAGAUUCAACAGUGUGGAAAGAAAGUACGUUCUAUAAACUGCUUCAGGAAGGGUCGCUCAACAUACCAUCACCAAAAACCUCAUUUACGGGGUUGAGUGAUGCAAUGCCAUUUGUGUUAGUAGCGGAUGAAGGGUUUGUGUUGUCUAACAAUAUCCUAAGGCCGUAUGCAGGAAAAUCACUAUCGGAAAAGAAAAGAAUUUUCAAUUACCGUCUGUGUCGUGCAAGAAGAAACAUUGAAUGCUCUUUUGGCAUAUUAGCUAAUAAGUGGCGUAUUUUUCACCACCCGAUGGAUGUUGACAUUUCUUUGUGCGAAGACAUAGUGAAAGUGUGUUGUGUGCUGCACAACUUCAUUCGGGACAGAGAUGGGUGUAGGGUUGAAGACUGUCUAAGUAUUGAAGGUUUGUACGAUAUUGAUUUAGAACAUUGUGAGCAGCCUGGAAAAGCAACAGAGCUGAGGGACACAUUCGCGGACUACUUUGUUUCCAAAGAGGGAGCCGUUCCAUGGCAGUUGGACCGCAUCUGA